AUGAAGAUACAAUCUUAUCUUUUGAUUUUAGUCAUCUUGACUACUAUUUAUUCGACUGAAGGUUGGAUUCGGAUAAGAAAUAAGGGUGGCUAUGUUGCACGAUUCUUUGUCGAUUAUCAUGUGCCUAAUACGGAAACAGCUUCGGGUUCUCAUCUUCGAUUGCCGAUAAGAUUAUUUGAACAGACAAUGUCAUCGGGAAAUUAUCCAAUAGAUCAAGCAAGAGUUAUUGGCCCACCACGUAACGCAGUGUCGACUCGUAUUCGUGUUGAGCGUUUUAUAUUCUAUCCUUUUUUUGGUUGGUAUUGGAAAGAAAUAUUUCGUGAAGAAAUCCGCCCUCAAGAUAGAGUUUGCUAUGAUAUUUGGGGUACAACUAUUCAUCCAGCUUGGUCAAGUGUCAAUUGUUAA